AGGUGUGUCCGUGCAGUGUAGUGGUGGGGAGAAGUUGGGUCGGGGCGGAGAGUGAGCGCUCCCUAGUCCAGUCCAGUGAAGUUUUAGGAAUGGAAUUCGGAUAAAUUUACGCGAAUGUGGUUGUAGUUUUGUGCGAUUUUGUGUCAAGAUUCACGCACCAAACUUGGAUUAUCGUGCGCCGAGGCCUGGUUUUCGUGUGCGGCGCUCUGAGACGGAGCUAGGAAAUGCAGAAGAGGACGCUACCCGUCGGAGUACCCAGGUGCUGCGUCUCGAUGCUGCUGGUGCUAGCCGCCCUGGUGUCGGCCGCACUCGCGCAGGUGCCGCCGCCGCCGGUCUCCCCGCGCUUCGACGACCCCUUCUUCAACGGGGCAGGCCCGCCGCCGCCCCCGGGUGCGCUGCCGCCUCAGGGGGGCGGUUUCCCGCCGCCGCUGCCCCCGGGGGCUGUCCCCGGCGGCGGCCUCGGGCCCGGCCGCUCGCCCAACCUGCCGCCCUUCGACGUCAACGGCUUCAACCCAAGGGACAACACCCUCGGCGGUGGCAACUGGGAUGGUGACAAUUGGUUUAACAAUUGGCAGGGCAACACCAUAAUCAGAGAAGCGACCUACUUCGUGGUUGCAAGUAAAGUGGUUCGCCCAGGCCAAAUUUACACAGUCGCUGUCACUGUCCUGCAAGCUCCUCUCCCCAUCACAGUCCGAGCCUCAAUUUCAAGAAAUAGGGUGGAAUUGACAACAGAUAGCAAGGAUGUGAAAGAGGGAAUUCCUGAAAAGUUAAUUAUGAGGGUUCCUCCUCAAAGUGUUCCUGGUAACUAUAAGUUACGAGUUGAAGGUCUAUACGAUGGCGUGCUGGGAGGUGUAGCAUUUGUCAAUGAAACCAACGUAGUUUUCUCUCAGAGAUCCAUGACUAUUUUCAUCCAGACUGACAGACCUGUGUAUAUGCAGGGACAAACAGUAAGCUUCAGAGCUAUUCCUAUUAACACUGAGUUGAGACCUUUCGAUGGAGCAAUUGAUGUUUACAUGUUAGAUCCCUCAAGGCACAUCAUGAGGAGAUGGUUAUCAAGACAGUCCAACCUUGGAACUGUCAGUUUAGAUUAUACUCUUUCUGACCAACCCGUUUUUGGUGAAUGGGUUGUGCAAGUUAUUGCACAGGGACAGAUUGAGGAACAGAAGUUCCUUGUGGAAGAAUAUUAUCAAACAAGAUUUGAGGUCAAUGUUACAAUGCCAGCAUUCUUCUUUGAUAAUGACCGCUUUAUUCAUGGUACAGUAAUGGCAAAUUACACCAGUGGUGCUCCAGUCAGUGGAAACUUGACCCUGGUGGCAGAGAUUCGUCCAAGACAGAGGCCUGGCUAUGGAAGCCCUCCUCCUGCCAGACAAAUAUAUAUCCCUUUUGAUGAAUCAUAUCCAUUCUGGUACCCAAAAGAAACUUUUGAGAAUCGAUACAGAGGCCUGCCACAUUUGAAAUUCUUUUAUGGAGUGUACCACUUCAGAUAUCCAAUUGCUGAAAUGCUUCCUGCUGCUUUGACAGAAGAAGGGUUUGAAGUUACUGUUAAGGCGACUGUUGGUGACAGAUUUAUGGAUGAAGUAAUAGAAGGCCACUCUACAUCCAGAAUUUAUAAGUCAAGGUUAAAAGUGGCAUUUAUGGGAGGAACCCCUCAAGUCUUCAAGCCCCCUAUGCCAUUCAAGGCCUAUCUUGUUGUUUCGUACCACGAUGGCUCACCUUUGUCUAAAGUACGAUUAUUUGGAAGUGAUCUUCGCAUAACUGCAAAUCUAGACACAUUCAAUGGCGGGACCCGUCGCCUGGAUCCAAGGUCUAUGCCUCUUCAGCCAAUGGGUGAUGGUGUCUGGGAGCUUAAGAUAGAUCUGAAAUCUCAACUUGGACUGGAAGGCAAGAAUAAAGACUUUGAACUGGCAAACAUAAGGUCAUUGAGGAUUCAGGCUACAUACCUGUCUCAGGGAGAUCGUGCCAUUACAGAGUUACUCUUACUCUCCCAUUAUUCCCCGAUGCAUCACCAUAUUAAGGUGUCUACUUCCACAAGCCAUGCACGGGUUGGAGAGUAUGCAAUUUUCCAUGUGCAAAGUAACUAUUUCAUGGAAACAUUUAAUUACAUUGUAAUGUCCAAGGGCAUUAUUUUAUUGUCUGGAGAUGAAACUAUGCAAAACUCGAUUCGCACAUUUGCCGUACCUCUUAGUGCUGAAAUGGCCCCAGCUACUACUAUUGUGGUUUAUCAAGUUGGACGUUAUGGUGAUGUUGUUGCUGACAGUCUAACAUUCCCUGUUAAUGGAAUCUCCCGAAAUAAUUUUACUGUGUUUAUAAACAACCGAAAGGCAAGGACUGGUGAGCGUGUUGAGGUUGCCAUUUACGGUGAGCCUGGAGCCUAUGUUGGUCUUUCUGGUAUAGACAGAGCUUUUUACAGCAUGCAGGCUGGCAAUGAACUUUCAUAUGGAAAGGUUAUUGAGAAGAUGGCUAGUUUUGAUGAGAACACAAAUGGCACUUACACCCACGGCUGGCUGUCUCAUGAGGGGCUUCCUGAUGACACUGUAUACUUCCCCUCCUCUACCUUUGGCAUUGAUGCCAACAGGACAUUUGAGUAUUUGGGACUUGUUGUGUUUUCUGAUGUUGUUGUUACCCGUCGUCAAGGAUUUUGUAAUGCAUCUCGUGGCUUUGGUGAAUGUCUUGAUGGUGCAUGCUAUCCCUUUGCAAAGAAGUGUGAUGGACAGUUUGACUGUCAAGAUGGCACUGAUGAGGCUGGUUGUCCUGUCUACAAUCGCACAGAAAUUGGACUCUUCCGCAAGUAUCGGUUCAGUAGAAUCCAACGCCAAUAUGACAAUGUCUGGUUGUGGAAAGACAUCAAUAUUGGUCCUCAUGGUCGAUUCAUUUUUGAUGUUGAUGUUCCUCAUCGCCCAGCCCACUGGAUGGUUUCAGCCUUCAGUAUGAGCCCUACUUAUGGUUUUGGAAUGCUGCGUGCACCAUUAGAGUAUGUGGGAGUGUUGCCAUUCUUCAUGAAUGUUGAAAUGCCUAGCAAGUGUAGGCAAGGUGAGCAAGUUGGUGUCAGGGUUACAGUAUUUAAUUAUCUGACCAGAAACCUUGAAGCUACAGUAGUCUUGGGAGGAUCCUAUGAUUAUAAAUUUGUCCAUGUUGAAAUGAAUGGAAUUGUUCGCUCUUACAAUCCUCGGACAUCAUUUGGAGAACAUCAAUUCUUCAUCUUUAUAAGAGCUCAGGAUUCAGUUGUGGUAUAUGUGCCAAUUGUACCAACCAAGCUUGGUGAUAUUGAGGUCACUUUAAUGGCAUCUUCGUUAAUUGGUAAAGAUGUUGUGACAAGAAAGCUUCAUGUUGAGGCUGAUGGUCUUCCUCAAUAUCGUCAUCAGUCCGUCUUAUUGGAUCUCAGUAAUCGUAACUAUGUAUUACAAUACAUGCAUGUAAACAUCACAGAAACACCAAUUAUUCCGUACGAAGAGGAUCGUUAUUAUAUUUUUGGCUCAAACAAGGCCACAGUUUCUCUUGUUGGUGAUGUUGUGGGUCCCAUUUUCCCUACCAUGCCAGUUAAUGCCACAUCUUUGAUGGGCCUACCAAUGGAUUGUGCCGAGCAGACUAUUUUCAGUUUUGCUGCUCACCUUUACACAACACUAUACAUGCGUUACACCAACCAAAGAAAUCGUCAUCUUGAAAAGCAAUCUUUCCAUUACAUGAACGUUUUGUAUCAGCGACAGAUGUCUUUCAUGAAAUGGGAUGGAUCGUUUGGUUUAUUCCGUAACGACUGGAACCAAUCUGCCUCUAGUGUGUGGCUUACUGCCUAUUCAGUUCGUGUCCUUCAAGAAGCCAGUUUCUAUGAAUGGGAAAAUUACAUUUAUAUUGAUCCAGAAGUCAUUUCUAAAGCAGUAUCCUGGAUUUUGAAGCAUCAGACAUGGGAUGGUGCAUUUUAUGAAGUUACCUGGCUUCCUGAUCGUAAGGUCAAUGAUUCUUUGCAUUGGCCUGAUGACAAUAUUGCAAGGAAUAUUUCACUCACAGCUCAUGUUCUCAUUACCUUAGAAACUGUAAAAGAUCUAUCUGGGGGCUUGGGGUCACAAGUAGCACUCGCUCAAAGCAAAGCCAUAUCAUGGUUAGAAAGGAACAUAAAAUUAUUGGAUCAGUUUGGACAACCAUACGAAGUAGCCAUUGUUGCAUAUGCAUUGAUGUUAAGCAAAGCAGCAACAGCUGAGACUGCAUUUGGAAUUCUUGCCAGACAUAGAAGAGAAACAGAUGGAUUGUUUUACUGGGGAAAGAUUGAAGUACCAGCUCCACCUCAAAAGUUAGAAAAUCAAAAGCCUUUCUCUUUACCACGGUUGCCCUAUGAAUAUGACUCUGGCAAUAUUGAAACAACAGCAUAUGCAUUGUUGGUUUAUGUGGCAAGGCAAGAGUUAAUGAUGGACCGGAUUGUGAAAUGGCUCAAUGCUCAACGUUUGACCGAUGGUGGAUGGGCCUCAACACAAGACACUGCAAUUGCAAUGAAAGCUCUCAUUGAGUACACCAAUCGUCAGCGACUGCGAGAUGUAACACAACUGUCUGUUACUAUUGAAGCAACAGCUCUGCCCGGUCAGACAAAAAUCCUUCACGUCAAUCCACGUAAUCUUGCCACAUUCCAAAAAAUUGAGAUUCCAGAGGCUUGGGGAACUGUGAAAGUGCAAGCGAAUGGUGCUGGCCACGCUAUUCUUCAAAUGACUGUUCAAUACAAUGUUGACAUUGUGAAGUUCCAAACUCAACCACCUGUUCGAGCAUUUGAUAUCCAUACUAGAGCCAAUUUCCAUGGCAGGAAUCAGUCUCACAUAUCUUAUACAAGUUGUCAGAGGUGGACUAAUCUAGCUGAAUCAACUAGAUCCGGUAUGGCUGUAUUAGAUGUAGCCAUCCCUACGGGAUAUAUUAUCCAGCAGCAGAAGUUGGAUUGGUAUAUUCGUUCCAGACAAGUACGCAACCUGCAGAGAGCGCGCUAUACGGAAAGAAAAGUCUUAUUUUACUUUGAUUACCUUGAUACAUAUGACACAUGCAUCAACUUUACCAUUGAGAGAUGGCAUCCUGUGGCCAACAUGUCCCGUUAUUUGCCAGUUAGAGUAUAUGAUUACUAUGCUCCAGAACGAUUUAAUGAGACAAUUUUUGAUUCCCUACCAACAUAUCUACUUAACAUUUGUGAAGUUUGUGGGAGCAGUCAGUGUCCAUAUUGUCCAAUUUACAAUAUUGCUAAUGCAUUGACUCAACCAAUGUUCUGGACAUUAGUUUUGCCUUUUGUAAUAUCUAUUCUUCAUCUACUAAGACCAAACACUUUAUAUAUGUUUAAUAUACCGUGAUAAUUUGCCCGAGUCAUUGAAGAUGUAUAACCUACGUCAAUUGUGUUAGUGGAUUUCUCAGUACUUGGGAGAUGAAAUUUAAUUUAAGCAAAAAAGAUAUUGUAGGGUUUUAAUUUUCAGCCAGCCAGGGGUUGAUUAAAUUGAAUGAAGGAUUUGACUAGAAACAGUCAUAUCCAGUUUUGAUCUACUUAAAUUUUACUUUGGCAUUUUGGUGUAUCAGAUACAUUUUUAAAGCUUUGUUUAAGUACCUCUUUCUACAUUUUAACAUAAUCAUGCCAAAAUGUUUAUCAUUGAAGACUGAAAACUGGAUUUUUAGAAUGCAUCCAAGCUUGAAAGAGGAACUGUUAUGGUUUUCAAAAAUGUUUCUCAUUUGUUGAAUCAAUUAACUUGCAUGACAUUUCUAAUGUCACACAAGAAAGAACUGCUCACCAAUUCCAUCCAUUCCUAAUCAUUUGUCAUAAAUUUUAAGAAUUGUGUAAGAUAUCAAUGAAAGUACAGUAUUGUGUGAAAUUUUUGAAAAAGGUCACAAGUUUAUGGUGGUGUAUAGUUCAGUCACUUAUUUCAAAAAUCAAAAUUGGGAGUGUAGUGUUAUUAAGUAUUAAAUUAUUGACCAAAUGAAGAGUUUAUUGAAAUUGUCAUAUCUUUUCUAUGUAUAUUAUUGAGUUGCCAUGUUUUGUUAUUCAACCUUACCUUGUUUUUACUUCCAUCGGUCUAGAAGUGCAUUCUUAGUGGUUUGCCUGGCGAUCUAAUUUGUCGGGUUGUAUUGGACAAUAUUGUGCCGCAAUGUGUUCAUGCACUAUUCUCAGCCAGUGUAUUUGAAUGUGGAGCUUUUCUUGUGGUUAUUAUGUUCUGAUAUUUCUCAAUCUAUUUUGUUCAUAGUUUGGGCCUCUUAACCCAUUACGCUUUGUUUUCAUUAAGAAUAUUUUGACAGUUCACAUUAGUGGGCUUAAUUAAACAACUCUUUUCUUAGAGUGCUGUGAAAAAGUGAGUUUGUAAGUGUGUAUAUUUUUCUGUGUAAAAUACAGAGAUGUAAUAUUUGUUACUGUUA